AUGAGCCACGCUGAGAUCAUUGGUUCGACAAAUCUUAUAAUUCUGCUAGAGAAUGAAAUCUUUGCUGAUUUUUUCAACACUUUUCUUUCUCUUCCGGUCUUUGGUCAGACACCAUCCUAUACUGUUGAAAACUCACAGUGGACACUGUGGCCAGAACUACCUUAUAACUUGAUUUCCAAAUACAAAGGAUUAUUGACCUGGUUGGAAAAAUAUCGAUUACCUUUCUUCUGUAAAACAAAUUUGUGUCUCCAUUACAUCCUUUGUCAAGAACUUGUCACCUUUGCUAGGUCUCCAGAAGGAGCCCAGAUGAUGAGAUGGGAAAAGGCAGACGAGUGGCUACUGGAGAAAUGCAUUGGUGGAGUCAGAGGGAUGUGGCGCUUCUGUUCCUACCUCAAGGGCAGUGCAGGUGAAGAACUGGUGGAUUUCUGGAUCCUUGCUGAGAAGAUCCUGAGCAUAGAUGAGAUGGAUCUGGAAGUAAGAAACUACUACCUGUCCCUCCUCCUCGUGCUGAAGGCCACCCAUCUGCAAGAGGGCUCCAGGGUGGUAACUCUCUGCAACACCAACAUCAAGUCCCUUCUGAACCUCUCCCUCUGGCAUCCCACCCAGUCACCUACCAGGAGGGAGACUCUAAGCCAUAUGCAGAAAGUGGCUCUGUUCAAACUCCAGAGCUAUUGGCUCCCCAACUUUUAUGCCCAUGCCAAGAUGGCAAUAGCCACCAAGAGCACGUGCCAUGCUCUCAUGCAAGAAUACCAGACUCGCCUAUGCAGUUUUUGCUACACCCAUGUGGAAAGGCUCCCUCUGAACAUGAGCAUUCAGAAGUCCCUCCACUCCCACAAGCAGUACUCAAGCAAGAAGGCCAAGAGGAAGAUAUGGCAACUGACAGAUCAUUCCUCUUGGUCUGUGGAAUUUGACUUCAUGCCAGAUGUCAGCACCUCACAGGUGGCAAGGCCUCCGGAGAAAGUGGUUAUACAAAUGCCUUCCUUGGAAGAGGCUUCUUCAAAAGAGAGAAUGAUCAGGCCCCAGGAAGAGGACAGUCAUUGUGUCAAGAAGUCUAGCAUGAAGAAGAAAUCUAAUAGCCAUCUCCAAAUGGAUGGCCUCUUUGAGACAAAACUCUCUACCCACUUGAGAACUUCCACCCCCAUCAUUAACCACUCCUCUCAGAUGACAAUCAAGAAGGUCAUCAAGCAAAGCUUCUCCCUGGUGUAUACCCACUGGGCCUUGUGUGCUGAUACUUGUGCAGGGAGUCCUUUCCGAGACUACCUGAAGAAGAUGAAUUUGAAAGUGGAGAUCCAACUCUUGGAUCUUUGGCAGGACUUAUACCAUUUCCUUGGUGUUCUGAUGAACAGCAGGAAGAAUGGGAAUGCACUCUUUCGUCACCUGCUGGGUGAUAGAAUCUGUGAGCUCUACUUGAAUGAGAAGAUUGAUCCACACUUACCCCUCAAAUCUCAAAUAAUUCAGGGCCUAAAGGAGAUGUUGCCUUCUGGGGAUGCAAACCCUUGGAUUCCCAAAGCUCAGAGGGAGAUCUGCAAGAUGCUCAGCCCCUGGUACGAUAAAUUCCUGGAUGAAGAGGACUACUGGUUUCUCGUUUUUACAACUCAGACACAGUUCCUCAAAAGCCGGAGGCACAAAAAAGAAUCUACAGACAAAAAAUACAACAUUCUUAUUUGUAAGAGGAUUCAGGAAUCGCUGAAGUUAAGCCAGGCUUUGGCUAACAUGGAGGAAAUGGAGUGUAUCCAGUGGGAAAAGAUAGCUACUGAGAACCUGAGACAGGGUGGAUCUCUCCAGGUAGAGCUAACAUCUCCAGUGUUCUUGGAAGAUAUCAACAAAAUGACCUUUGAAGAACUCUGCUUAAAGAAUCCAAAGUUGGCCAUAGAGAAGAUCAGUGAUGACUACAAAAAAUAUUGCGAGAGAGCACCUAAAGAAGAUGUUGCAGUAGAAAUGAUCAAGGAACAAAGGAAGGAACCAUCCUCCACCAGAAAAAUAUCUUUCUUCAAAAAAGUGGGUGUACGGAAGCCCUCAGUGAGACCUAGAAACAUGGCAGAAAUCUUCUUAAAUACACAACAUCUACAGUUCUUCAGGGAAUUCCUUAAACAACGGAAAGCUGAAACCCCAUUGCAAUUCCUGAUAGCAGUACAUAAGCUCAGCAAGGAGCUCAAUGAAAAGACAUACAAGUCUUCCUUGGAAAAUACAAUCAAGACUUACUUUCAUGGCAAACAACCUCCUGAAGAAAUGCUACAGUGCAAUGCUCCUAUUAUCAAAGAAGUCGUUGACAUGCAACAGGUCAGCACAACCACACUGCUCAUACUCCAGAGCUACGUCACGAAAUCUCUAGAAGAAAAAUGGCUUAAAGAGUAUCAAGAAUUGUUCCCUCCUCUUCCUCCUCCUCCUCUAGAGGUGGAAAUUGAAGUGCCAACUUCACAGAAGAAGCCUUCAAAGACAGCAAGCAGAUAUAGUAACAAAUAAAUACUGCUCCUCUUCUUUCCUCAGAAAAGAGGUUGGCUGAAAAUGAUCUGUUUUAUCAGGAGCUUUUGCAACUACCGAAGGUUUACAUCAAAUCCCAUGAAGUGCCAGGAAUUUAUAGAUUAUCUUCACCUUGAAAUGCACAACAAAGAGAAUUUCUCCUCAUCACCCACUGUAUCAGGACGUCAAACUUCACAGUCCCCAAAUGUCCGGGUUUCAGAACAGGAGAAGGAAGAAAUAACCCUGGUAAAACGUCGUAUAUAUGGCCAGAGGACCAUUGUCAUCAACUUUGCAGUUAAUGAUUUAUAUUUCUUUUCUGAAAUGGAGAAGUUUAAUGCUUUGGUGAGUUCAGCUCAAUUGCUGCAGGCCAAUCGGACAUUCAACGAAAAUGACUUGGUCCUCAUGCAGGCCAAAAUUAACAUUAUCCUAAGGCUCUUCUUACAUGCUGAAGUUCCUCCAAGACUGAGGGUUAACAUCAGUGAGGCCCAGAAGGAUGCCAUCCUUACUUCCAUUGCAGAGGGCCACCUAGACUGGAACAUGUUCCACGGAGCUAUCAUAUCUGUCUUCCCUGUCAUUAUGUACUUCUGGAGAAGGUUUUGUUCCUGGAAGGCAACUCAUGCUUAUUUACAGUUUGUAGGGAAGAAAGUCAAGGAUAGAAAAAUUUCUCCUAAACCAAUAAACAAGACUCCCCCUGUGAGUUCAGGUGACCACAAUGUUUUAAGAUUUUCCUUGCUCAGAGGUAUAGAGUGGUUGCGGUCUCAACAGAAGGAGGUACCAAGUAGUCCACUUCCAAAUUCUUCCUCUAGCAACCUCACCCCAACAAGAACUGCACUGUCUGCUAUCCAGCUGUAUCCAGCCUGGGGACCAAAAUUAUCCCACACCAAAAAGGAGAGGAAAUAACCAACUGAGGUCCCCAGCAAAGGCAAAUCAUCUCUCAGAGGCCUCCAGUAACAGAACUUUUCCUGGUUAGAAAUGAAAUUCCCUGGCAUCAUCUGCCCCUGGAAAGAUCAAGAAGGACAGUGUCCAUUCAAUACGACAGUACGAGACUGCAUUGUAAAGACGUGAGCAGACAGUGUGGGAGUCCACUGGAGGUGGUCUUUCCACAGUGGUUAGGUUAGCAACUUGGAUUCAGAGUCUCCCUCUGCACUUGCCUGGCCUGAGCCAAUCAGAGAUUGCUGAAGAAUCCUGUGAUGAAUGGAUGGCGACGUGAUUGGACUCUAUAGGAAGCUAUUCUUAUUAUCAGCAGUAACAGAAGAGGCCUUUUAAUGCUAGGAUCUCACAUUUGCAUAAUGCUCAGUGUUCAAUGUCUCAGUAAACAGCGCAGUGAACAACCAUGUCCAAAAUCAUUUAUUUUUAAAUAGAUGAAGAAACUAAUACAUGAAAAGGUAAAUGACCAUCUCAAGAAUACUAGGUGAUAAAUAUCAGAGCCAAGACUAAAACAGUGAUUCUAUGUCCUGUUCUCAUUCUGUGGUAACUAUCUGCACAACUUCUCAUGCCCAAAGGGAACAGCUCUUCCCUAAAGUUGUAUUCACUUGUUAACCAAUAGAGAGAUUCUUGAUAAAGAUUUUCACCUAAAUGGUUGCCAUAAUUAUAUAAUCACUGACUCAUUUUCUGUCCUUUGAAAAAGUCUUUUGAAUCUGAGAUCUUUGCCUCAGCUUCUUGUUUCUUAAAAAUUUCCCCAUCUAUCUUCAUUCAUAGUCAGGUGCAGGCAUGCAAACACACACAAGCAUGUUAUUUAAAAGGCCUGGUGACGUUUCCUAGAACCAUAGU